CUUCAGUGCUCCCAGCCCUUCUCCCCAGAGGCUUUUCCCACUGGGUUUAACCUCCUCUCUUGCACCUCCUUCUCCUUGGAGCAUUUUCUCAUCCCUCUGGGCUGACUUUUCUCCCAGCCUGUUGCUUUUUCUCCUCGAUGGAGAAAGCAGCAGCAGUAAGCCCAGCCCCUUGGUUUUUCCUCUGCCGUAGCGAGAUGAUUCAAAAACCACAUUUAGCAUAGCCUGACCUUUGCUUUGCACACAAACUGUUUCAAACCAGCUCCAAAAGCUGCCACAGCAGUUGAGAAUUGACUGCAAACCUUUGGGGAGCAGGUAGAGCAUGGUGCCUUCGCCAUCACCUGCCUACAGGGCUCUCUUAAAAAAUCCCCACUGCUCUGGGUUUUUUCCGCAAAAAUAAUAGGAAAAAACCCAUCAAAAAACGCUCUUCCUGCUUGGAAACUCUGAAGCAUAAAGCUUAAAGCAACCACUGGUUUCUCGAGGUGGUCUCUCACCCCUUUGCCUUGCCUACAAGCCCAAGCAGGCACCCGAGCUACUGGGGUGCAGCCAAGCGUUGGGAGCGUGGCCGUCGGGCCAUCCCUCCCCGAAUGUGACGAUACGCAGCAGCUUGAGGAAGUCACUUUCAGCCGACGUCGGCUCUCGCAGGAGCUUGAGCCGCACUCCCUGUAGAUGGUAGUGGAUGUGAGUGAGCCCCUGGGUCUGGCACGUCUCUGCUUGCAAUGGGGAAAGGAGCACAACAGCCACGUUCUUCAGACCAAGAGGAAGUGUUGAACAACUGCAACGAUAUAGAGAAAGAUUGCAAGUGGGGGUCCAACACCAAGAAGCCCGACCGGGAAAGAUCCCGCUCGUCUCGGGUUUUCGUCCCUCUGUGUGUGGUGCUGGUGCUCCUCGUCUUCGUCCUGCUGGUGGCCUUGACUGUUUUUUCUUUUGCAGUUGUCCAUUCAGGAUCCCGUUUGCCUCAGCCUGACUUCUCCCACGUGUGCCCAGACGCCUGGCUUGGUUUCCAAGGGAAAUGCUAUUAUUUUUCUGAGGCUGAGAGCAAUUGGACCACCAGUCAGGAAAGCUGCGAGGCCCUGGGAGCUUCACUGGCCCUCAUAAACACAAUGGAUGAGCUGACCUUCAUUAAACGCUAUAAAGGCGAAGCUAACCAUUGGUUUGGGCUGCGAAAGGAGAAGGAUGACAGCUGGUGGUGGACCAACGGCACAGCCUUCAACAACUGGUUUGAGGUGCGGGGUGGUGGGCCCUGUGCAUACCUGAACCACGAGAGGAUCAGCUCAUCCCUGUGCCACACCAAGAAGAACUGGCUGUGCAGCAGACCCGACAAUUACAUCCUCUGGAAGCAAAAAGCAUAUCCAUAAUAAAAGACCCCAUAAACAGGA